CUUCGGGAGCCGAGGCAAACUGUGGCGGCCAUCGAACAACUGCAGGCAGACUCUCGUGUCUACCGUCGCCAGGAAAAGCCGGCACGAUUGCAUGACAAAGCAAAACUUGAGACAACUUAUAACACUCUUCAAACGCGUUUACGUCUGAGCAAUCGCGCCCCAUAUGUUCCCGCGGCAGAAAAGUACAUUUCGGCAAUCGCAGAAAAAUGGGAUGAAUUAGAAAAAGCAGAUAAGUUGUAUGAG